CGACCGCCCCACCGUUUCAAAGGCAAUAAGACCAUUCUAAGAAGGGGGCUUCCUCCAAGCAAGAAGGCCAGAACCUCAUUCAUUAUUCCAAAUGCAGCAUGGUGAAGCUUGCUGGAGGCUUGCUUCGCUGCGGGCUGAGAUGUUUCAGCUACCUACAGCCUGAUGUUAACCGUGCUAGCUUUGGGGAAGACGAACCAGACCUCAUCAUUAAGCUUCAUGCGCUUGCUUUUUGGAAACAGGUUAGGCGUUUUACUGGGUAUGCACUUUCAGAAAGUCUUCCUGGUAGAGCAUAGUAAAUAGAAAAAUGAGAACAAUCCCCCCAUUUAUUUUCGUUUAUUUUUUUCCUUUUCAUGCCUAUGCCUUUGUAUGAAUAUAUCCAAAAAAAAGAAUAGUAUUCAUUCAUAGCCUUAAUUUUGAAUAAUGUUAGGCAUUUUUAUGUUAUCUAUAGAUGAUGUGUGGGACUGUAUUUAGGUUUACACGUUACUGCCUUGGAAAAUGUUUAAUCUUUCAUAGCCGGAAUGGCUGCAGAUCUCUCUUUCACUUCUCUUUUCAGUUUCUCUCAGGCAUAUAAUUUUAUUUAUUUAUUAUUAUUUUGCUUCUUGUCAAGAAUCGGUAUUAGCCCUAAUUGUAAUUUUAUUCUUCAUCCCUAAAAUUACAUGAUUAACUUUUUCUUUUUUUUAGUCCUGCACAGACUCUGUUUUGUGAUUUAUUUCGAAGAACACUAUUUCAUUCUUUGCCAUCAAAUACAAAAAUUCAAAAGAUGUUACAAAAUAAAAUUUCAACCCUUCUUUUAAAAAGACUACUGGAGGGAGGGAACAUGUCAUACUGGUGAAAUUGUGAAAAAUUACUUGUUUAAAUAGAAAGCAGAAGUAGGCUUCCAGGAGUUUGUCAUACUGAUUUUCUAUUAUGAUCUCCUAUUACAAAGAAACCACAAAGGAGAGGGACUUUGUUUAGGGAGGUGCCUUCAUGUUCUUUCGAUAAGAGGAAGAGCAUGGAGAAGCCAAACCAUCUUUCUGUUGCAGGAGGACUGGAGGACUUCUCAGGUAAGUUUCCUUUGGAUUUCUGGUUCUCUUCCAUAUCACCAUUCUUCUUUCCUUCUUGAUGACUUUUGGGCAUCAUUGACUUCUUUGGGUGUGGACCAUCAUGGCCACAUAUUGCUUGCUUGCUAGCUUCUAAACUGUUGAUAAGCUGGUUGUUACUUUGUUUGUCUACCUUUUAUUUUAUUUUCUAUUUUCUCUCACAAAUAGCUUGAAUCUGGUUCAGCUCUGCUACAUGGGAUUUGAAGAUCACCAUCUUUUAUUUUGUCUUAAACCCAUGAUCUAUCUCACCUGGUUUGCAACCCCACUGAUAGUGAUUUUUCCAAUAUUUUAUCCCUCAUCUGUCUUUUUUUUUCAUAUACUUCUCUGCUUCUGGUAUCUAUUUCUGUAUCUCCAUCUGGGAGUACAAGCUUAGAGAAAUAAAGCUGUGAAUACGGAGGUUUAGUCUCAAAGGAGUUCAUAAAGUGCAUCUUGAGCAGUUUCAGCCUUUUGGAUUCCAGGGCUGGUGCGUGCAGUCAUACAUAUUGCCAUAAUUUAAGGCUAAGCUCCAGUUGAUUAGAUGAUAACAAAAAAAAAAAAAAAAACCAGUCCAGGACACUGCAUCAUUGAUGGUGGCAAUGAGUGGUAUGAGAAUAUGGGGAGUGAUGUGCAAACAUAUGACUCUGAGGCAGCAGUACAGAUAACUGGUUAAGAAAUUCCUGACGCUUCUGAUUAUUCUAAUGGGUGAAUGGAUGAUACGAUACUUAUCUAGCUAGGAUUUCCAAAGAGUGCAGAACAUUCUAAUGGGAAACUUGUUUAAGAUUUUCAAGCCACCACCUUUUAAUCUCAACCGUCCAUGUUCAACCUUAAUGAGUACACCUUUUUCAAUCAAUGCAUCAUCACACUUUUUUAACCCGGACCACCCACGGUAUUAAAAAAUUUAAAGUCAUAUUUAACAUAUAAUACCACCAACCUCAUUUAUUUAUUUCACACUUAAAACUAUUUUUCCGCUUAACAAAAAAUAUAAAAUUUAUGAACACAGCCAUUUUAUUUGCAUAGCAUUUUUUUUAAUUAAUUAUUACAUUUAAAUUAUUUUUCCAUUCCGAUUUUAAGUUAUUUGUUUAUUUAAGAAAAUAAUUACUUUCAUUUGUUUUUUUAACAUCCCGGGCAAUCUUUCAUGACUGUAAGUCUUUCCUACCACCUAAUUGUUUUUUGACUUUCUAUUAAUCAAAUUUUUUUUUUUUUUUUUAGUGUUUUGUAUAUAAAAUUGUGGAUGUUCAUCAGAUUAUUGAAUUGGGGGAACUCAUUAAGACCAAACAAAUUACCUCCGAGGAGCUCACUCAAAAUUUUCUUCAUAGAUUAAAGAGGUAUAAUCAUGUUCUUGAAGCUGUGGUCACUUAUACUGAAGAAUUAGCAUACAAGCAGGCAAAAGAGGCCAAUGAAAUGCUUGCCCAAGGAAUAUAUUUGGGUCCCCUUCAUGGGAUUCCAUAUGGAUUGAAGGAUAUAAUUUCAGUACCCCAGUACAAGACUACUUGGGGUUCAAAAACUUUCAAAGAUCAAGUUCUUAACAUUGAAGCUUGGGUUUACAAGAGGUUGAAGUCUUCUGGGGCUGUUCUUGUUGCAAAGCUUGUUUCUGGAUCACUGGCAUAUGAUGACAUCUGGUUUGGAGGUAGGACAAGGAAUCCAUGGAAUAUUGAGGAAUAUUCUACUGGUUGAUCUGCUGGACCUGCUGCUUGCACCUCAGCAGGCAUGGUUCCUUUUGCAAUUGGCUCAGAAACAGCUGGCUCCAUAACCUAUCCGCUGCUCGUUGUGGUGUGACAGCAUUACACCCAACUUUCGGUGCUGUUGGUUGAACUGGUGUAAUGAGCAUUUCGGAAAGCUUGGAUAAGCUUGGACCUUUCUGUUGAAGUGCUGCAGAUUGCACAAUUAUUCUGGAUGCCAUUCUAGGAAAGGAUCCAGAUGAUCCCUCAUAGGGGGACAUUUCCCUUGAUGACCCAUUCACAUUGGACAUCACAAAUCUUACUGUUGGGUAUCUGCAUGAUGCUGAGAUGGAGGCAGUUAUGGUGGAGAUGGAAAGAGAUGGUGGAGAUGGAAGCCUGGAAAAGAUUUCUUUGGUGAUAGCGGGAGCAAUGACUAAAUCAAACAAGCAUGGUCAAAAGGCUAUACUGUGAAGCCCACUACCAUUAGGGCGUUACGCCUUGACCCAUUAGAAUAUAAAAAAAUGAGAUGUAAAUACAAGUAAAUAUAAUUAAGAUAUAUAUAUAUAGAAUAAUAUAAUUCAGGUGCAGCGUAAAGAUAUUUGAAUUGCUUAAGUGGCGGUUUUUGGUUGAUGCCAAGUUGAUAAUCUAGUGGUGCCUUAAUAUCAACCAGGAUAUCACAUUCUGCAUGUAAUCUUUUCAAAAAUGGCAUUUUCAUCGGCAGGAUCGGUAAUAUUACAAAGAUUUCCUUCCAUUUGAAAUGUGCUAGGGUUAAUAAUAAUCACCAGGUAAUACAGAGUUAGUAAUAAUCAGAAUGUAAUAUAGAGACGAUUUUGAAAUUUAGAAAUGAAAAGAAAAACGUCAUCAUAAAUAUGCCGGUUACUUGUCUUUAUCCGGGAAAAGAAAAGAAAAGGAAAAAAAAAAAAGAAGAGUUCGAGCACAGGGCUGGGAUGGAUUUGGACAAACAAACGUUAAGAUGGGUGGUAGAUCAAGUAAUUUAAGCAGAAAGGGAGGGUACGUUCGCCUGCAAUUUUUUCCUGUUACGUUAUCAGUGUGCCUAUAACAACAACACUAGAUUUAUCGUAUUCAAAGGGACCUCUCUUUCUCUGACUCUCGCUGAUCCGCCGUCCGACGCCACUCCUCUUUAUAAUUUAAGGAAGGAAAGGAGCGCCGAUUUGAAAGCAGGAGUCCUUGGGAACAUCGAUCCAGAUCUUGGUUGUUUAAAUGGCGUCUUCAUCAUCGUCGACUGUAGCUGGCGCCACAGGAUGGUUGAGAGGAAAGGUGAAAGCUGUUCCUUCGGGAGACUGCUUAGUGAUAAUGGGAAACUCCAAGGGCGAUAGCCCUCCGCCAGAGAGGACAAUAACUUUAUCAUCUCUGAUUGCUCCCAGAUUGGCCCGUAGGGGUGGAGUUGAUGAGCCGUUUGCAUGGGACAGCAGAGAGUAUUUAAGGAAGCUCUGCAUUGGAAAGGAAGUCACUUUCAGAGUUGAUUAUACUGUACCAUCCAUUGGAAGAGAAUUUGGCUCCGUUUUCCUUGGCGACAAAAAUGUUUCGGUGCUGGUUGUUUCUGAAGGCUGGGCAAGGGUAAGGGAGACAGGUCAACAGAAAGGAGAAGUAAGUCCUGUCCUUGCAGAAUUGCUUCGCCUUGAAGAGCAAGCUAAGCAACAAUGUCUAGGUCGUUGGAGCAAGACACCUGGUGCUUCUGAGCUAUCCAUCAGGAACUUACCUCCCUCAGCCAUUGGUGAUCCUAGUAACUUGGAUGCCAUGGGCCUACUCAAUGCAAACAAGGGUAGGGCCAUGCAAGGUAUUGUUGAGCAGGUUCGAGAUGGCAGUACCAUCCGGGUCUAUUUGCUUCCUGAAUUCCAGUUUGUUCAAGUGUUUGUUGCAGGAAUCCAGGCUCCAUCAAUGGGAAGAAGAGCUGCAGCAGAAGCCAUUGUUGAGACAGAACUGGCAUCUGAUGAGCCAAAUGGAGAAGGAUCUGCUGAAACUCGGCCUGCUUUAACAUCAGCACAGAGGUUGGCAGCAUCAACAGCAUCCUCUAAUGAAGUUGCCCCUGAACCAUUUGGGAAGGAAGCUAAACACUUCACUGAGAUUCGUGUUUUGCAUAGGGAGGUCCGUAUCGUAUUAGAAGGUGUUGACAAAUUUGGCAAUUUGAUCGGUUCAGUAUAUUAUCCCGAUGGUGAAUCAGCAAAGGACCUAGCACUGGAGCUUGUAGAAAGUGGUUUAGCUAAAUAUCUAGAAUGGAGUGCUAGUAUGAUGGAAGAAGAUGCCAAACGGCGGCUGAAGUCUGCAGAACUUCAAGCGAAGAAGAAUCGAUUGAGAUUCUGGACAAACUAUGUUCCCCCACCCACAAAUUCGAAGGCAAUUCACGACCAGAAUUUUACUGGAAAAGUGGUUGAGGUUGUAAGUGGGGAUUGCAUCAUUGUAGCUGAUGAUUCUCUCCCAUUCGGCAGCCCAUUAGCAGAACGACGAGUUAACCUCUCCAGUAUCAGGUGUCCAAAAAUGGGCAAUCCUCGUAGAGAUGAAAGACCUGCUCCCUACGCCCGUGAAGCAAGGGAGUUUCUACGGACACGGCUUAUUGGCCAACAAGUGAAUGUUUCAAUGGAAUAUUCUAGGAAGGUAGGCUUGGCAGAUGGACCCACAACUGCUUCUGCAGAUUCUAGGGUAAUGGAUUUUGGAUCAGUCUUCCUGGUCUCUCCUACUAAGGUUGAGGCUGAUGGUGCAUCCACACCUGCUAUAUCUACUGCUGGAAGUCAGCAUGCUGGGGUAAAUGUUGCUGAGCUAGUUGUUGCCCGUGGCUUUGGCACUGUCAUCAGGCAUCGAGAUUUUGAGGAAAGAUCAAACUAUUAUGAUGCUCUCCUUGCUGCUGAAUCGCGUGCUAUUUCUGGGAGAAAAGGAAUCCAUUCUGCAAAGGAUCCUCCAGUGAUGCAUAUAACAGACUUGCUUAUGGCAUCAGCAAAGAAAGCAAAAGAUUUCUUGCCAUUUCUGCAAAGGGUUAGGAGGAUGCCUGCCAUUGUGGAAUAUGUCCUCAGUGGUCACCGCUUUAAACUGUUGAUUCCUAAGGAAACAUGUAGCAUUGCUUUCUCGUUCUCUGGUGUUCGAUGUCCUGGUCGUGAUGAGCCUUUUUCAGACGAAGCAAUUGCACUAAUGAGACGAAAGAUAAUGCAAAGAGAUGUCGAAAUUGAAGUGGAAACUGUUGAUAGAACUGGAACUUUCUUGGGAUCUCUAUGGGAGGCAAAAACCAACAUGGCAGUGACACUUCUUGAGGCUGGACUAGCAAAGCUUCAAACUUCCUUUGGCAGUGACAGGAUCCCCGAUGCUCACCUUCUUGCUCAGGCUGAGCAGUCUGCGAAAAAGCAAAAACUAAAAAUAUGGGAAAACUAUGUAGAAGGAGAAGAAGUUUCUAAUGGGUCAGCUACUGAAAGCAAACAGAAAGAAGUGCUUAAGGUAGUGGUUACUGAAAUUUUAGGUGGUGGUAGAUUUUAUGUCCAGACAAUCGGAGAUCAGAGAGUAGCCUCUAUUCAGCAGCAGCUUGCUUCUCUGAAUCUUCAAGAAGCUCCUGUCAUUGGUGCUUUUAAUCCUAAGAAGGGUGACAUUGUCCUUGCGCAAUUUAGUGCAGAUAAUUCGUGGAACCGAGCAAUGAUUGUUAAUGCACCUCGGGGGGCUGUUGAAUCCCCAAAAGACAAAUUUGAAGUGUUCUACAUUGACUAUGGAAAUCAAGAAAUUAUUCCUUACAGUCAGUUGAGGCCACUUGAUCCUUCAGUGUCCUCUGCUCCUGGCCUUGCUCAGCUAUGCAGCCUUGCAUACAUAAAGGUUCCGAGCUUGGAUGAGGAUUUUGGUCAAGAAGCAGCUGAGCAUUUUAGUGAUAUGACAUUAAAUAGUUCAAAAGAGCUCAGGGCUGUGAUUGAGGAUAAGGAUACUUCAGGAGGAAAAGUGAAAGGACAAGGAACUGGGAUAGUCCUUAUUGUAACUUUGAUUGAUGUGGAAGCUGAAUCCAGUAUAAAUGCUGCAAUGUUGAAGGAAGGGCUUGCUACUGUAGAGAAAAGAAAGAGAUGGGACCCCAAGGAAAAACAGAUAGCAUUUGAUAAUUUGGAAAAAUUCCAGGCAGAAGCACGACUUAACAGGCUAAGGAUGUGGCAGUAUGGGGAUAUUCAGUCAGAUGAUGAGGACACAGCUCCACCUGUUAGAAAGGCUGGUGGUCGGCGAUUAAUAAAAGCUUCAACAUCCUGAGGUAAAAAAGACUCCAGCGGCCUAAGACAAGUGAUAGGGACAAUGAUUUGCUUCUAGAGAUACAAGACAAAGAAAUGUUGCAGUAGCUUAAACUUUAUUAAAAUUAGCUUUUCAUAUUGUUUUUGUAUUUUAAAAUUUUACUGAUAGGUGAGGGAACAAUGUUUUUUCAUUUUUUUUUUUUAAAAAAAAAUUAUAACCUUUUAAUAAGGUGAAGUUUCAUCCUGACCAGUCUCUUUGAGGAGACAAUCGGAAACAAUUUUUCGCAGUUCAGCAAAAAUUUAAAGAUUUUGUGUCGGAUUUUUCUUUGGUA